AUGAGUGAUGGUCUACCUCCACUCCAUUGUUUGUCUAACUUGCCCUCCCACAUAGGUCCCUCUUGGAUUGAUCCCGCUGAUCUACGCGGUUCACCUUGUUUGUGGACUUCGACUUCACCUCAGCUUAUCUUCAUAUCCAUCACUGUAUUACCCAACUCAACAACCAUCAUGUCCGCAGAACCUUAUGACCCAUACAUCCCUGCUGGAAGUUCCGCUCCUGCUCAAGGGGGAGCAGGUGGCCAAGGUGGUACAGGUGGUGGUCAACAGAAUAAGAAGAUCGCCGCUAUCCAACAACAAAUCGACGAGACUGUCAAUACAAUGCACGAUAAUAUCCAAAGAGUAGCUGAGAGAGGAGAGAGAUUGGAUGCUCUGCAAGAUAAGACUGACACUCUCGCAGUCUCGGCCCAAGGAUUCAGAAGAGGUGCCAACCGAGUCCGUAAACAAAUGUGGUGGAAGGACAUGAAGAUGAGAAUCAUCAUCGGUGUAGGUAUAGCGGUAUUGAUCAUCAUCAUUGUCGUUCCUAUCGUGAAAGCGUGA